AUGGUGGACAAGUCUGAGAUGGCUGAAAAGCCUAACGACCGAACUCGAGCCAAUGUCAACGCAAAGAUUGCCAAUCCUCUGGCAGGGCUCAGUCGCGAUAAGCUGGCCGAAAUGGGCGAGGCAUACGUUCGAGAACAUCAGAUUGGAGACGAGGAGGACAUCCGAGCUUUCCAGUUGGGUGCCAUCUUAGCUCAAGAUCCCAAUCGAUAUGCCGAUGUCGAUGGUUUGACUGCAGAAGAGCUUGCUGUUUUGGAGAAGGAAAUCAGUCACAAGUGGUCACAACCCAAGCUUCUCUACUUGGUGAUCGUUCUUUGUUCUGUCUGUGCUGCUGUACAAGGAAUGGACGAGACCGUUGUAAAUGGAGCCCAGAUCUUCUACAGUCAACAAUUUGGUAUCGGCGACAAAAACAGCUCUCGAGACUCGUGGUUGCUUGGCUUAGUCAAUUCAGCACCUUAUCUCUGCUGCGCUUUCAUUGGUUGCUGGCUCACGGUUCCUCUCAAUAAUUGGUUCGGUCGACGUGGUACCGUUUUCAUCACUUGCAUCAUAUCUGCACUGGCCUGUAUCUGGCAAGCACUCGCUGGAACAUGGUGGCACAUGUUCAUUGCUCGUUUUGCUCUUGGAUUCGGUAUUGGACCAAAGUCAGCUACUGUCCCUAUCUAUGCAGCAGAAUGCUCUCCUCCCCAGAUUCGUGGUGCAUUGGUUAUGCAAUGGCAAAUGUGGACCGCUUUUGGUAUAUUCGUUGGUUAUGCUGCAGAUCUAGCAUUUUAUGGUGUUUCGGAUAGACCUGGAAUCACUGGCCUGAACUGGAGAUUGAUGAUGGGAUCUGCUUGCUUGCCUGCAAUCAUUGUCAUAUGCUUCGUCUUCCUUUGUCCCGAGUCGCCUCGCUGGUACAUGAGCAAGGAGCGGCACGCGAAGGCUUAUAAGAGCAUGUGUAUACUUCGAUAUAACAAGGUGCAAGCUGCCAGGGAUAUAUUCUACAUGUAUACUCUACUUCAAGCGGAGAAGGAGAGCGUCGUCUUGGGAGGCAACAAGCUGAAGGAAAUGUUCACGGUGCCACGUAAUCGCCGUGCCAUGCAAGCCUCAGAAAUUGUCAUGUUCAUGCAACAAUUCUGUGGAGUCAAUGUCAUUGCCUACUACUCGUCUCAAAUUUUCCUCGAUGCAAAUCUAUCGGAAUUCUCUGCUCUCGGAGCUUCUCUUGGCUGGGGAAUUAUCAACUUCCUGUUUGCCAUUCCUGCCGUCUAUACUAUUGACACUUUCGGCCGUCGAAACCUUCUCUUAACAACAUUCCCGCUCAUGAGUGCUUGUUUGUUCUUCACAGGCUUCAGUUUCUGGAUUCCAUCCUCGUCCAAGGCUCAAAUUGCCUGCGUCUCGCUGGGACUGUAUCUGUUCGGCAUUGUCUACUCUCCGGGAGAAGGUCCUGUUCCAUUCACUUAUUCCGCAGAGGCAUAUCCAUUAUACAUUCGAGGUCUCGGAAUGUCUCUUGCCACGGCCACUACCUGGUUCUUCAACUUCGUGCUUUCUGUCACAUGGCCCAGUCUCCUUAAGGCUUUCAAGCCGCAAGGUGCAUUCGCAUGGUACGCGGUCUGGAACUUGAUCGGUUUCCUAGGUGUCCUAUUCUUCGUACCUGAAACGAAGGGCAAGACUCUGGAGGAGCUUGAUCAAGUCUUCGGUGUUCGUACUCGUGAUCAUGCCGCUUAUGGAGGUAGACAAUUUAUCUAUUUCUUCAGGCGAUAUCUGUUGAGGCAAAAUGUCGAGCCAGAGCAGCUAUACGAGAAGGAGAGUGUUGAGCAUCAUCCCACCAGUUUCUCUCAGGAGAAGCAACCCGACCAGACUGCUAGAGUCUAGUUGUUUGUGUUGGUCCAUUAGGUUUUGAUACGAAGAUAUCAAUGAAGGGCAGGAUUCUCCUUCAUCGGGUUGAUUAUGGAGUCUAGUUAAUACCUUGGGCGCGUUUGGAUUAAUAUAGG